GUGGCGAUGGCGGUGAUGGUGACGGUGAUCCUGGCCACUGUGGGGUUGUGUGUGACCUAUCGAAGGCGACGGCGCAGACAGGAAGAGGGACAGGAGAUCCAGUAUCGUCUACGGUCCUAUCCUGCCACACCGGAGAUAGAUUCAGUGAACAUUCCCGGCUCCAUGACUCCCGCCGCCAAGGAAAAAUUGGAGACUGUGGUCGUGGAGAACAGUCUGUAUGAACCAUUCCCCGGCUCCAUGACCCCCGCCGCCAAGGAAAAGACUGUGGUCGUGGAGAACAGUCUGUAUGAACCCUUCCCCGGCUCCAUGGCCCCCGCCGCCAAGGAAAAGACUGUGGUCGUGGAGAACAGUCUGUAUGAACCCUUCCCCGGCUCCAUGACUCCGCUGCCAGGGAACAGGAGGAGACGGUAGUCGUGGAGAACAGUCUGUUGGAACACCUACCCGGCACACUGACAGUAGCCACUAGUGAACAGGAAGAGACAGUAGUCGUGGAGAACAGUCUGUACGAACCGAUCAACAGGUACUACCUCUAGCCAUUGCAUUUUAGUCAGAAGCACACCCUCUAUUCUAUGGCCACUUUGUCCCUAACACGCCUAGACUGACUGUUCCUGAUCCACUCACCUUCGUAAACUUUGAUAUUGAUGAUGAUUGAUAUGACACCAGACAGACUCUUGCAGGACGCAGUGAACAUUGUCCUGUCGGCGGCCUGCUCCCCAGCUAUUCCAAAAACUUGUACGCCUUCCGUGCCUGCUCAGUACCGUAUCCAGCGCUCUCAAUGCACUCCUCACUCCCACCCUAACUGAGGUGCUGUCCCGAAUGGCCAGGAGGUUCCCGCGGCCGACGAAUUUAAAAAAAUGCCAUCGAUUCGGUGACUCGUACUGGUUAAAAACGCAGAAAUGGCGCUCUUAAAAUGAACAGUCUCCCCACCUCACUGCGUCAUCAAUGAAAUAUCAUCACGUCUUAAGCAUCUGCAUCACUUUCAUUUUUAUUUCCCUUGCCAGCGUUAACUCAUGUUCAUGAUUAUUAGAUUGUCGCUGCUUUGAGGUUGUGGCUCCGAGGUUAAGACCGGAUGCCCUUCUGUCUCCACGCGGCGUCAAUGGGGUUCGCACCACCUCGCCCUGGCACCUAACCUCCGUGAAUUAAUACUCGAACCAACUAUAAGCACUAAGCCAAUGUCCACCGCAUCUCACGGCUCGGUUAUCAUGCUAACCCACGAAUCACCAAUUACUGCCCUGUUCCUGAGGACUGUACGCCUUUAGCAAUGAUACAUCUAUCGGACACGAAAUAGGAGCCACAUAUAGAUGGUGUCACAGGAAGGCAGUGCAUGGAAACUCGCCAUAGUUAUCACUCUAUCCCUCUAAUCAUCAGUCAGUGGGCUGUUCCUGAGGACUGUGCGCAUGUAAGAUUGAUACUUCUAUCGGACACGAGAUGGAAGCCACGAUUAGAUGGUCUCAAAGGAAGGGAACGGAACUUACGUACGUAUGAUGAAUGAUUAUGACGGCUGUGGGAACAUCUUUAAUUGGGGAGAUAAGACAAUGCGACGCCACCAGGGGAAGGCGCCCACUCUGACCAUUGUGCCAGCAGUUAACUUAUGGAAUGACAUUUUGUUUAAAAGCAAUACGGCCAACAGGUUCAUCCAGUCGCCAGGUACAACGAUUGGGGUGUUGACAAUUUGUUGCUGAUGCUCUCGAAAUGGAGUUGGGGCGUUUGAUCACAGUUGUCAGCAGGGAAAAAACUUGUUACUGCUGAAGAUUCUUUGGCUAUCUGUGAGUAGCAAUGACCCCUUUGAGACACACCCAGACUCUGGAUUCCUGCUAGGAGUGAGGCCAAUAUCUCCAGGUCCCGCUGUAGGCACCGACGGGAGCUUUAGUGAACAGUAAAGAUGUAACUACAACGAUCUACUUACAACCUGUUGCUGAUUUCCUGAUCUCGAUGAUUUAGUCACUAAGUUGGCAAAUAAGGAAAAACAAAUCUUUAAAAAAAAUACUGUUAAUUAUUAUCAAGAUGGCUUUGUUCAGAGAUACUUAUCUUAAUCUAUAAUACUUGUAAACGUGUAUCUCUGUUCUGUAUUGCAUUUUGACUUGUUCAUGUUGGUGUUCCGCAACUGUGUGAUGCUAGUGUGUUCAGCCCAGACGUGCGUUUUAAGACGUUAUCAGUCUGCAGCACCACAGUAUGCACGUCAUUAUAUCCUUUUAUUUUUUGGAAUAUAGUUUCAUG